CUUGCUCAAACCAAACGUGUUCAUGUCAACCUUCUAUAUAAUUAAUAGCACACAAAAGGGAAGAAGAAAAAAAGAAACCAACAACCUCAUAAUAACAUCUUUGUGAGAUUGUCCCAAACCAAACAUGUCAGACCCUCCAAAGGUUCACCCCGUCCAUGAUGUUGAGGCACCAAACGAAAACCAAAACCACCCUUCAGCACCAUUGGUGCCAAGGACCAUGUCCAAAUCUGAUGCAGGUGAUCCAGAGAAAGUGGAUCAACAUCAACAACACCCUCCACAAGGAACCAUUCCUGUGAUGCAUUCAAAGCCACCAAAGAAAAGAAGAAGCUGCUGCUGCAGAUUUUUCUGUUGGACAAUUAGCAUAUUGCUGAUUCUUAUUGUGGCCAUUGGCAUCACCGUAGGGAUACUAUUCCUUGUGUUCAGACCAAAGCUUCCAAAGUACUCAGUGGAUGAACUUGGAGUCUCACAGUUUGAUCCUUCUGACAACAACAGUUUGUCUGUGACAUUCAACUUGACAAUCACGGCCAGAAAUCCUAACAAGAAGAUUGGAAUAGACUAUAGAGGUGGCAGCCACAUAAGUGCUUGGUAUUUGGACACAAAACUUUGUGAAGGGUCUUUGCCAAAAUUUUACCAAGGACACCGCAACACCACGGUGCUUAGUAUCCCUCUCAGAGGGCACACACAGAAUGCUACUGGUUUGCAAAGUAUGGUUCAGGAGCAACUGCAAGAAACGGGUAAUGUGCCACUCAAUUUGAAGGUUAAGCAGCCUGUGAGGAUCAAGCUUGGGAAGUUGAAGCUCUUCAAAAUCAAGUUCAGGGUUAGGUGCAAGAUUGUGGUGGACAACCUUAGUGCUAAUAAUUCUAUUAGAAUUAGGAGCAGUAGUUGUAAAUUCAGGUUUCGGCUGUGAUGAAUUCAUUGUUGGUUGGUUUGGUGCAUAUUCAGUUUGCAUUGGAGAUUAAUGGAGGAGGAUAUGCCGAUUGCUUUAUUGCUAUUUGUUUCAUUUCUUUGUAGAUGGGUUUUUCUUUCCAUCGCCACUUUGAGAUGCUGUUCUUGUACUUUUGAUUCUGGUUUUUCAGCCAUUUCUCAUGCAUAUUAUAUAUAGCAUAUAAUGAUAUUCUAUUCGUUAAA